AAUUCCGACGAAUUCUAAGCAUAAAAGCUGUUCAUGUCUUUGUGAUGACACAUUACAUUUCGGUGACAAUGAAAUUGACACUGGUCUUUCUCACCCUGAGCCUGGUAAUAGGUGGUGUAUAUAGUGACACGACUGUGACGGUCUAUCCUCAGUGGCUGGCACAGGGGGGUAGUGUGCGCUAUGAGAGUGACAGAUGGAACAAGCACAAUGGCCUGGAAAAGGAGUCCCGUAUUGCAAACUGUCGCCGCCUUCGGACUGACAGCGGCCGCUGGAUACACGAAGAUUUUACUCUCUUCCGAGUGUGGCCAGAAGACGCACACCGAAGUGGCUACCCCGACCCCAACUACCUGAAGAACGUCAGCGUGCAACAGGAAUGGUUCUCCGAUUACCUUGCUAACAUUGACAGUGGUUAUAAGAAUGAAAUGAUCAUGAUGAUGAAAGGUCUUCACUGGCCAAACUGGAUGAAUACGUCCGAUCAUAAGGGUCAAUUCCCCAACAACAUCGAUGCUGCUUCAGAGUUCAUAUUGUUGCUGGUGCAAGGAGUCUUUGACUACACUCAAGGUCGGAUUCCGCCAUACUUCGAGGUCGUCAACGAACCAGAUGUUAAAGAGGAUAUAAUGAAUUUCACCACCACUGUCGCCAUUUUCCACAAAACAGUUGCCGAGAAACUCCAUUCCAGGUUUAACAUCAAAGUGGUUGGCCCGACAAUGACAGGAUAUAACACAGUGGUAGACAGGAACGACUUUUCGUUCUGGACAAAACUGGUAGAGUUCAUGGACAUCACUUUAGACUAUUUAGACGUGUUUUCCUUUCAUUCGUACAACGCACUUAUUGUUUCAGGGAAAUCUCACCGAUUUACUGGUAUAAAUGAAGCACGCCUGGUAGCAUUUGUUGACCUGAUUGAAAACUAUGUUCAUCAAAAGAAGGGGGAAAAAAUCCCACUCAUUAUCAGUGAAUAUGGUCGCGGGGGAGUGGCAGGAAUUAGUAAAACUGCUCUAUCUGGGAUAGUUGACUUUUCAACAAUAUACCAGUCUAAUGCCCAUAGGUUCACCCAACUUGGUCUCAGAGAAUACAUUGACAGAUCGGUGGUGUUUCUUUUAAGCAGUGAACAAGAUCCUGGAAAUAAUGGUUCCAACUGGUCACUUUUCACCCGCCAAGGAAACGCCUCAAGGAAUGCAGAUGUAUUCAAAUUUUGGUACAAUUUCACGUCAGAGUACUCCUUCAUCAGAACUGCCAGCAAAUGUGAUGGUCAGGAACGAACGGUAUCGCCGCUAUCAAUGUCAAGUUCUGUACGUAAUGAAACGGUCAUUCUCUUACACAGCUAUUCUCAACAAUCACAGAUGGUCAAAUUAAUUUUUCAAGACGACUGGAUAACACCAAUCACAGGAGAAGCUACUUGUAUCACCAUCAAGGACAACUGGUAUCCAAUUAUCACCUUCAACGAACCCUUUGACAUCGGUAAUACUGGAGGAAUGGUUGAACUUCCACCUGAAGCAACAUGUCGCUAUACAUUCAAGAUUCCCUCAAACCAGUUGCCAAGAGACACUUUCAAUGAAACAACAUACUACGGAGCUGGUAUGGUUAUACCCAUCAAGGACGGCAUCGCUGUGACAACCAUAGCUCUUCCAAAAGAUGAAUUCGACAGCGCAAGACUGCGAGUUUCUGCGAGUCUUCCCAUCAAUGAAACAAACAUUCUGUCAUCUGUUACCUUUAACCACCAACCUCUUUACUCCUGUUACAAGCUGUACGACUCAGACAAACAGAACAGUAAAAUCUUCAACUACAUGGAUGUUUGGGAGUUUUUCGUCCCUUCCACCUUGUUGAACACCACUUCUAUCACGGUCCAAGUUAACUUUUCCAACAAAGAUUCGGAAGGAUAUGUGACUGCGGUAGCCCUUGUCACAGCCAAGCUUGUCCCAUCUGACAUCAAAUGAUAAUAUUACUGACAAAUAAUUUUGCAUUGAAUUGAUAUAAAUUGUUUUGUCGUUC